CUUCCAGAGCCGAGCCGAGCCGUGGUGAGCCGAGCCGUUCCGGUGUCAGUGUGUUUUGUGUUGUUGUCGCGAGAGCACUUUGUAGCCGUGCGCGGUUUAUUUUCGACCCGAAAGUGUUGUGUUUGUGUCCUGUGUGUGCGUUGCGGCGUUUUUGCCUGUGAUUACACCCCCGCGCUGUGGAAUACCAGCAGCCAGUGUGUCGGCAGGGCGGUCGGAGCCCCAAGGAUUCGCCGACGGGGAGACGACACCGACACAUGUCCACCUGGUAGCGGCGUGGCGGGGCGUGGUGGCGUGGCGCGGCGGCAUGGCCGGUGUGUCCCCCGACGUCCGUCACCAUGGCGAUGAUGGUCACCGGGCUGGCGUCGACGGGCCCCGAGGGGUGGCGGCCGCGGACCCGCCGACUGCGCAGAUGAAUGCCUAGGCCGUGCUCCAGGUUUGGGACCCACCCCACCCCCGCGCUGUCUCUGCGAGUGACUGGAGACUGAGGCCGAGGCUCGUCCACACACCCAGCCCCAGCCGGCACCGCAGAGGGCAAGAUGGCGGGCGACUACCAGCCCCCCUUGGUGGCGGUGCUGCUGCACAACCUGCCGCAUCUCAACAUUCGCCUGCACCUCAUCAACUCGACGUUCGCCCCCGAGAACGAGCUGUACCUCGAGUCUUUGGGCAUCUUGGCGUUCAUCCCCGCAGCAUGCCUAAUUUUAACACUCUUGAUUUUAUUAAUGUACUUCCUCUCAAGAUGUUGUGAUCGGAAACCGAGGCGCAAGCGGACCAUCACCGCUUGCAAAUGGGUCACUAUUGUGUUUGUCGUGUUACUUGCGUGGGCUGCUGUUGCUGCAUGUCUCUACGGCAAUCAUGAAAUUCAUGAAAAGAUGGUGGAGGUUUUGGAUGGUCUAAAAGGAAUGGAUAACACUGUAAAAGACUUGGAGAUCAAGACGGAGAGGUUGAAGGAAAUCCGGACAGAAGCCCGACAUCUCUUGGAUCCCCUACAGACCAGAUUUAGAACCCCACCAUCUCAAACUUCUGACACUCGUCAUGUGGAACUUGGGAAGGAAAUGGAAACACUUGCUAAUUUCGUUGACAGUGAUGACAUUUACAAAAAAUUCACAAGCAUCAACCGGUCUAUGCAUAUGUUCAAACUACGAUGGCUUUACAAUCCUCUGGGUAAAGUCGAACUAAUCAGGUGGAUUGGUACAAUGGGUCUGUGGGGUUUGCUGGUCAUCUUCUGCCUUAUUUUGCUCAUUGGCAUGUGCAGACAUUCCAGGUGUACCUUAAUCACGUUUUCUGUGUGUGGAUUGCUUGCCGUCAUUGUGUGCUGGCUCCAGGCAUCUCUUUAUCUAAUUGGUGCAGUGGCUAUAGGAGACUACUGCAUGCAACCUGAUACUUACCUUGAAAGUCGAGUACAUAAUGUUGAAGAUGCAAAGGUUCUUGAGUAUUAUAUGAGGUGCCCUCGAGCUCCUAAUCCAUGGGGAGGAGUUCUGAACCAAACUCGUGAUGGCGUCAACACUGCAGUCAAGAGCUUCAAACGUUCUACUCAAAUCUCAGAUCAACUUUACCCUGAUCAAAAAGACAAAAUGAAUCAUCUUGGUGAUCAAAUGAACAAGCUGGCCUUGAUGGUCCCUGAACUGCAGCGGCAGCUGGAGUGCAAAGUAAUUUACCCUCACUACAUAUCAAGCACACGAAUCUGCCAUAGAGGAUUGUAUGGCCUUUGUUUCAUGUUGCUUGCAAGUGCAUUGUGUGGAAUCUGCUUUACAAUUCUGUUCUGGGUGGACUCUCACACUUGGAUUUAUCUUGGCAACAGGAAAAAUUAUCAACAAGUUGAUGGGCAAGAUCCAUACCUGCCACCAACAGCAGCAUCUCAGGCCAUUGCAGCACGCACUCUGCGAAGCCAAGGGUCGUACGGCAGCUCAGGCUUGUUUCGCCAUAAAAUGCUGCAUGAUGGGGCGCUGCACGCAGCCUCACAGCACCUGCUAGAUGGGAGAGGGUUUCGCGACGAAAAGUCCCAGCACGGUGGCAUUCAUCCGGGCGGAAGCGAUGCCCUACCAGGACCCAACCAUGGGCAGUACGCGACUCUGAGCAAGCAGUGCAAAACGCUAGAGUCAUCAGACUUCUACUGAGGCAACGCCCACCGCUCCGGGGCCCAGACCCUCGAGCGACGACCCCUCCCUGCAGUCCCUAUUCCCCGUCCGCCGUCGGUGAGCUUCGUGUCCACCGCGUCGGAGCAGCGCGAGCGCGCCUCGCGGGGCAACGCGGCCCCCCU